CGCGACACAGCCGAGGCAACUGUGCAGCGGCUGCUGGCGGCGGCGGUCCGAGCUAGGUUUCCGUUCCCCCAUCGCCGAACGCCCAUCUUGAUUGUGCGCCUACUGUGUGUGUGCGCCGCGCUGGGGCUCUUUCCCCGGGGCCGAGAUUGACGGUCCGGAAGGGGAGGUGGCUCGCGCGCGGUCGCAGUCACCGGGGCUUGGCGGGGCUCGAACCUACACUGCCUCCCCUUCCUGGCCUCUGUUGGCGGUGGGGUCCCGUGCGCGCCCCAGACUGGGAAACCACAGAGCGAGUUAGGCAGAGAGGACGAGGAGAGAGGAUCAGUCUGGCUGUCUACAUGUUGGCUUCAGCCCACAGAUUUGUUUCAGGGGGAGGCUGGACAUUUUACCUAUGACUACUUCUCAUUGCUUAUUUCUGGCCUCCUGUCCUGCCUAAACAAGCCUUUGAAGAAGGUAUUGAAGCCAAGGACAUGCUGGCUUCCCUCCUUGAGGUAGAGCCCAGGAACUCCAUGGCCCAGGUGUCCAAGAUCUACAAAUUGAGACCCGCAGACUUCAUCCCAGUGAAGUGGCAAGUCAUGAAGCUAGAGCCGAUGUUUAUGGACAUGCUGGACAUUGUCACAGCCGGCUCCGCCAAUGGUGCGAGGACUACGUUACGCCCCGCCCAAUGCUUCCCGUAGGCCUGCCUACGCGGCUUGGUUCUCAAGUCGGACAGCCGGCUCAGCGAAUGGCCUUCGUGGACCGUUCUCCGGCUUGCGUCUUGUGGUUGGGGUCCUCUGCCUUCUGACCAGCGUCCGGAUACAGCCAGCCCGCCCUCCGCGGUCACGCUUUCUUCCUGGCCCGUUGUCCGGGUGCGCCGGAACCUCCCAGGGCCCGCAGCGCUGUGGAUCCCUGCAAAACGUCUUCUUAGUGUCUGGCCAGGGGUAUAGGGAAAGACAGAGUUGACCCCUGAGGCCUGAGAAGGAGCAAGGCCCACCUGGAGCAAUGGCAACCGCCCAGGGCCUCCAGCCCCCGCCACCCCUGGAGCAGGAUGAGAUCCUGAUUGUGAAGGUGGAGAAGGACUUCCACUGGGAAGAGGAACCCUCCCUGGAGGCAGAAAACCCCAGCCCCGAGACCUUCCGCCAGCUCUUCCGGCUCUUCUGCUACCAGGAGGUGGCGGGACCCCGGGAGGCCCUGAGCCGCCUCUGGGAGCUCUGCUGCCGCUGGCUGCAGCCCGAGCUGCGCACCAAGGAGCAGAUCCUGGAGCUGCUGGUGUUGGAGCAGUUCCUGACGGUGCUGCCCAGGGAGCUCCAGGCCCGGGUGCGGGAGCAGCAGCCGGAGAGUGGUGAGGAGGCCGUGGUCCUCGUGGAAGGGCUGCAGCGGGAGCCCAGGAAACAGAGGGGCCCGGAGACGCUCUCUGACGACACAGUACUCCACCGGACCGGGGAACAGUCUUUGAAACUCCAGGCAGUGGCGCAGCCAGAGGAGCUGUCCCUAGAAGAAGGGGCUCGGUGCACCAGGCAGCAGCCCCUGGCCCAGCUGAGCCACAGACCCAAGAGAGGCCCCCCGCUCUGGCCAAAGAGAGGCCUCGGGAUGCAGUAUGAGGAUGGGGAGGACACACCCACGAGAACGGAGUGGGACCAAGUGCUGUCGGCGCGCUGCAGGGGGCCCGGACCCCCGAUCCCAGGUCAGGGGCAGGCCCCUGUUAGGGGCCUCACCAGGCCAAAGUGGCCUCUGGACAGAGGGGGUCCUCGAAGGGUGGCAAAGCCGCACACGUGCCCUGAAUGUGGCAAAGGCUUUAGCAAAAAGUCCCACUUGACCAAGCACCAGCGCACGCACACCGGGGAGCGGCCGUACCAGUGUCUGGUGUGCGGGAAGGGCUUCAGCGACCGCUCCAACUUCGGCGCCCACCAGCGCAUCCACACGGGUGAGAAGCCGUACUGGUGCACCGAGUGUGGGAAGCGCUUCAGCCAGAGCUCCAGCCUGGUCACCCACCGCCGGGUGCACACUGGGGAGCGGCCCUACGAGUGUGCUGAGUGCGGGAAGCGCUUCAGCAACAGCUCGCACUUAAGCACCCAUCGCAGGACGCACACGGGAGAGCGGCCCUACACGUGCCCCGCCUGUGGCCGGGGCUUCCGCCAGGGCACCGACCUCCACAGACACCAGCGGACCCACAGUGGGGAGAAGCACCCGCAGAGCCCCGACACAGGGGUGCAGCCGCCUCCCAGACGCUCGAGGCUCCAGGAGGCCCCCGAGGCCAAAGCCUGACCACCAUGCACAGAAGUCAGUCAGUUCAUGAAGCUGCCGGAGCCAUUUCUGUCCCGGAACCAGAAACCCUGACCCGUUCAGGCAUCUUCAACCGACUCCGUUUGCUCCCCUGGACCCAGUGUGAGGACACAGCAGCGGGACAUUUCAGGUGGAGUGCUGGGCACAGAACAGGUAUGUGAGGGUUCUGGGGCUGCCGUAUAAAUGACAACCCACUGGGCGGCCCACAACAACAGGAAUUCUCUCAGUUCUGGAGGCCACAAGUCCAAAAUCAAGGUGUCUGCAGCACUGGUUCCGUCUGAAAGCUCUAACAGAGAAACCAUCCCGUGCCUCUCCCAGCUUCUGGUGUUGUCGGCAGUCCUUGCUGUUCUUGGGCUUGUGGCAGCAUCACUCCUGUCUCUGCCUCUGUUGUCACAUGGCCAUCUCCUUGUGUGUCUCUGUGUCCUGUCUUGUAAGGGCAGAAUCAUUGGAUUUAAGGACUCACACACUCACACUCUCUCACUCCAGAAUGACCUAUUUACUAAUUACAUUGGCAUUGACCCUAUUUCCAAAUAAGGUUACAUUCUGAGGUGAAUAUGGGGGACACUCUUCCACCACUGCAGGGGAAGUCUCAAUGGCUGCUGUUGCUUGUGGCAUUAUGUACCCCAGCCUUCCCCUCUAACCUUGCCACACUUUCAAAAUGUAGCCUGUGGAGGCUUUUCCUAUAUUCUGGUGGUGUCAAUGGGGAAAUGGGGUGAGUUGGGGGGGUACCUUCAGAGAUUCACAGCUGUUGUGUAGGAUGGAUGCCUGGUGUGGGAACGCUUCCCUGAGACGACUCCUGAUUUCCCCCUCCUGUGAAGGAUUUGACUGGCCCUGCCAUCUUCCCAGGGCAGGCGUCCAGGACUGCCUCUGCUCCAGCCCCAGGUGGCCAUGUUCCAGGCCACAGGCCAGCCUUGGUUAUCCCCACUUUGUCUUUCUGAGGUGGAUGUGCCUCUGGUUUGGUCACAUCCACGGUCUUCUGAGUGACUGGGGGAGAGGUAUAGAAUCCUUAUUAAGUUCAGUCAUCACUGGAGUCACCACUGGAUUCCAGAACAUCCCAUCCAGAAGUGUGGCCAGUCCUCACGGCUGGGUGGCCUUGGCCCUCAGGCCAGCUCGUGUUGCUCCAUUCUGUUGUGUUUCCCAAUCACUGUAUAUAUUUUCACCUUUUCAUACAACUCAGGUUCCAGGGCAUGUGACGUCUUCUCCAUUAAUAAAUGUCAGUCCUGAACCCAUGUGCUCUGUCCUGCGUGUUCUCUGGAGAAUGGGGCGACCUGGUUAAGGAUGGUUUUGACCUAGGUCAGCUUCUGGUGCUCUCCUGGGGCAUGUAGUACCCAGCUAGGUCAGCCGGGCCAGCUCUGCCGACCACCCACCUCCCCCACACGGCCGUGAGCCCCUGGGCGCACCUCGGGUCCAGGCUGGUGGCUGCGCUCUUCCUGGCCUGAUAGCUGGGCCCAUCAAGUGCCUGUUUCAUGAUAUUCUGUCAUGCAAUCCUGGGACAUUAGGUUUUUAUAGAUGGGGGAAGCUGCCCAAGUGGCAGAAAAGACUUUUAACCCAGGUCUGAACUCCCACUGCCUCAUCCUGCCAUGCUUUGACAGUAAUUCAGAGUUGAACUUGGAACAAAGUUUAUUUUCUAAAACUAUCAUCCUAAAUGAAAACUGGCAUGAAGAGGGGUAGAUAUGGGGGAAUUGGGGUUAAAAGGAAAAAAGGGCCUUUGCUCUCGGCAGCGAGGCUGGUACCACGGGUGGAGGUGUGCCACAUUAGGCUGCCAGCACCUAAGCCCUGACCAUGCUGCCUGUGCCCUAGAACUGAGGGUGUGGGACCUCUGCAGGUGGGACAGCCUGGGGAUCCCAAGCGACAGCAGCCUGGCCACAGAUCCUGGGGGAGGCCUCGCCUGGGCCUCCUGUGGCCUUGGUGGAAGCUUCCAUUGCAUCUGGCUUCUAAUGAAAACACCAUAGUUGGUGGUGGGACCCCUGUGGCCAGGUCAAGCGGGGUCUGUGGCCUGGAUCUUGGUUUCCUGUGGCUGGCUGAGGCCAGGCAGGGCCUGACUCGCCUGGUGCAGGGCUGGAUAAGAAGACACCCUUGCCCAUCUUCAAUGCGUGGCAGCCAGUGGUGACCUCAGCUGAAUGCCUAGGACCCUGCGGGGCCGCCUGAGCCUACAGCAUGGGAGGACCCCAGGUGACUUUUCUACUCUUAUGGGGCAGGCAGGACAGAGGGGGGCUGAGACUCUGAGAAGCAGAAUCUUGGAAACAAAUUGGGAGGAGAACAGAGGUGCCACAGAUAAGGGCUUCUUCCUAUUGGCAGCAGCAAGGCUGAGAACAAGAGUUAUGAAAGGCCUGUGUGAAAGGGGGUGGGGUGGGGGAUAAGGCUUGUAAAGUAACAGGGUGAGAGACGGGAGUGCCUCCUGUGGGACUUCAGUUCUUGCUGGUUAUCCACAAGGAUAACCUUGUGAAACAGUUUCAGGUGUUAGAACAUUCAGUAUUCUCUAUUUAAAGGUCAAGUCCACCUUUAGUUUGGAAGGAAUGUAGAACAUAUAUGUGCCUUUGUGUCUUGACUAAAGAAAAAAGAAAUCAAAUUUCAAUCAAAAGAUCAUUUGGAGGGCCA